UCCUAUCCUACAUUCCUUCCACCCCAUUGCGACCCGAUCUCCUAUCAUAACAUCAUGGCCAGCACAAUAGCACGUUCUGAGGAGCGCCAGAACGCUGGCACCCUCGAGCUUAAAGAUGACACUGCCAUUGUAGUACUUGGUGCCUCGGGAGAUCUCGCGAAGAAGAAGACGUUCCCGGCACUUUUCGGCCUUUAUCGUAACAAGUUCCUUCCCAAAGGAAUUAAGAUUGUCGGCUAUGCCCGGACAAAAAUGGACCACGAAGAAUAUCUGAGACGUGUGCGGUCGUAUAUUAAGACCCCUACUAAGGAAAUCGAAGAGCAGCUGGACAGCUUCUGCCAACUAUGCUCCUACGUCUCGGGUCAAUACGACAAGGAUGAGGCUUUCCAGAACCUCACUAGGCACCUGGAGGAUAUCGAGAAGGGUCAGAAGGAGCAGAACCGUGUCUUCUACAUGGCUCUUCCCCCCAGCGUUUUUACUACCGUGUCGGAGCAAUUAAAGAGAAACUGCUACCCCAAGAACGGUAUCGCUCGUAUUAUCGUUGAGAAGCCUUUCGGCAAGGACUUGCAGAGCUCGCGUGAUCUCCAGAAGGCGCUCGACCCCAACUGGAAGGAAGAGGAGAUCUUCCGUAUUGACCACUACCUGGGCAAGGAGAUGGUCAAGAACAUCCUUAUUAUGCGCUUCGGCAACGAAUUCUUCAACGCCACCUGGAACCGUCAUCACAUCGAUAAUGUGCAGAUCACAUUUAAGGAGCCCUUCGGCACUGAGGGUCGUGGCGGCUACUUCGACGAGUUCGGUAUCAUUCGUGACGUUAUGCAGAACCACUUGUUGCAGGUAUUGACUUUGCUCGCUAUGGAGCGCCCCAUCUCAUUCUCCGCCGAGGAUAUUCGUGACGAGAAGGUGCGUGUUCUGCGCGCGAUGGACGCCAUUGAGCCCAAGAACGUCAUCAUCGGUCAAUACGGAAAGUCUUUGGAUGGAAGUAAGCCCGCAUACAAAGAGGACGAGACUGUCCCUCAGGAUUCUCGCUGCCCCACUUUCUGCGCAUUAGUCGCAUACAUCAAGAACGAGCGGUGGGACGGUGUUCCUUUCAUCAUGAAGGCCGGCAAAGCCCUGAACGAGCAAAAGACCGAGAUCCGUAUUCAGUUCCGCGACGUGACUUCAGGCAUCUUCAAGGACAUUCCUCGCAACGAGCUCGUCAUCCGUGUUCAGCCCAACGAGUCCGUGUACAUUAAGAUGAACUCGAAGCUUCCUGGCCUCUCCAUGCAGACUGUCGUGACUGAGCUUGACCUCACCUACCGCCGUCGCUUCUCCGACCUUAAGAUCCCCGAGGCUUAUGAGUCUUUGAUUCUGGACGCCUGAAGGGCGAUCACUCGAACUUCGUGCGUGAUGACGAGCUUGACGCCAGCUGGAGAAUCUUCACACCUCUCCUGCACUACCUUGACGAUAACAAGGAGAUCAUCCCUAUGGAGUACCCCUACGGCUCCCGUGGACCUGCCGUUCUCGACGACUUCACUGCCUCGUUCGGCUACAAGUUCAGCGAUGCUGCUGGCUACCAGUGGCCCUUGACUUCCACCCCCAACCGUCUGUAGACGGGGAAGGCUUAUGAGGCUAACGAGAAUGUAAAAAGGACAAAAAGGGGCAAGGAUACUAAUGCAGCAUGACUGAGUUUGUUUUUAUUGUUAUGGUAUGUUUGGGAAUUUCGGUUUGAGUAGGCGGCUUUUUUAAACAAUCGGUGGGCCGGCAAUGACGGAGUAAAUCCAUUUUUACCACCCAACUCUAGAAACGAAUCAAGUGAAUAUUACGAGAUCACGAAAGAUGCGCAGACCUCGCGCCGUUGUUCUCCAGGAAAAGAGGCCAAGCCGAUUCUAAGACUUGGCGGGGACAACGAGGACAUUUUAAAAGAA